CUCUAGUGUUCAGAGUGAGUUAGUCCAUGAGCUCAAGAACUCCUCCCCACCUCCCUCCCUCUCUUUCACAAGGAAUCACUUAAGGUUUUACCAAGCAGUCACAUACCUGGGAUUACUGAAGUCUGUAUAACAGAAAAGAGAGAGAGUUUAAGUGAGAGUGAGGAAGAUUAUUUGGGCAAGCUGAAAACCUGUGAAGGAUCUUGCUCUGUGUAAUACGUACGGCUUACAGGAUUAUCAUUUUCACCUCUUUUAUUUUAAUCUUUUGCCUUUUUCUGGAAGAUGAGAAAUGCUUAAAAUUCAUCUGAAAUGAAUUCUUCUGGCAUACCCUGCAGUACCUGAGAAGUUCAUUUUCCUGCAAGACGUGUCCUGGAUAUUCUUGGCUAGUACAAGGCUCCUCUAGUGGUCUUUAGUUCUACCUGCCCUCAGAAACAAGAUCUUUUGAUGGCUGUUCUACUAGGAAAUCUACCUCAGGGAGAGGCAUUACUGUAACUCAUCACUGCUGGUCAUCCAAGGAAGGUUUGCUGAGAGUUCCUUUUUCCUCUGCGCACUGGACUGCCAUGCUGACUUCAUCAAGAUUCCUGUUUUUCAUCUGCUUCUUGCUUCUCUGCAUUUUGACAUCCCAAGCACGAGGGCAGCUUGUGCCCACACCACGGGUACAGCUGUCACUAAAAGAGUUAAAAGCUACAAGCACAGCCCACCAACUCAGUUUACAGCUGAAUACGUCUGAUUAUAGAAUUUUACUAAUGGAUGAGGACCACGACAGAAUGUAUGUGGGCAGUAAUGACUACAUAUUAUCACUGGACCUACAUGACAUCAACCGUGAACCACAGUUUAUUCACUGGCCUGCUUCUCAACAAAGGCGAGAUGAGUGCGUGUUAUCAGGAAAGAACACAAAUGGCGAGUGUGGAAACUUUAUACGUCUAAUUGAACCCUGGAAUCGGACUCACCUUUAUGUCUGUGGGACAGGUGCUUACAACCCCAUUUGUGCCUAUAUCAACAGAGGCCGUAAAUCUCAGGCCUCUGAGCUUACCCAAACGCUCCAACCAGGAGGGCGAGCCGGGCGAGCCACAGACUUAUCCGUGACCCCAACGCCAGCGGACCAAAAGGAUAACAUCUUCUAUAUGGAGCCUCAAAAGUUUGAAUCAGGCAAAGGAAAGUGCUCAUAUGAUCCCAAGCUCAAUAGUGUCUCUACACUGAUCAAUGGUGAGCUGUAUGCUGGUGUUUACAUCGAUUUUAUGGGUACAGAUGCAGCAAUAUUCCGCACAAUGGGAAAGCAGACUGCAAUGAGGACUGACCAGUACAACUCUCGCUGGCUUAACGAUCCAGCAUUUGUGCAUGUUCAGCUGAUUCCAGAUAGUGCUGAGAAAAAUGAUGACAAGCUGUACUUUUUCUUUCGUGAGAAACUAAGUGAAGCAGGACAGACCCCAGCCAUGCAUUCUAGGAUUGGAAGAAUUUGUCUGAAUGAUGAUGGAGGUCACUGCUGCCUUGUUAAUAAAUGGAGCACUUUUCUGAAGGCACGUCUCAUCUGUUCUGUUCCAGGACCAGAUGGCAUUGAGACACAUUUUGAUGAAUUACAGGAUGUGUUUAUCCAGCAGACUCAGGACAUCAAGAAUCCAGUCAUUUAUGCUGUGUUUGCUGCUUCUGGAUCUGUCUUCAAGGGCUCAGCAGUGUGUGUCUAUUCUAUGGCUGACAUCCGGAUGGUAUUUAAUGGACCUUUUGCCCACAAGGAGGGACCCAACUACCAGUGGAUGCCAUACACAGGAAAAAUACCAUACCCUAGGCCUGGCACAUGUCCCGGUGGAACCUUCACACCCUUGAUGCAGUCCACCAAAGAUUACCCUGACGAGGUCAUCAACUUCAUGAGAACUCACCCAACAAUGUACAAUGCGGUAUACCCAGUCCACCGUCGACCAUUGGUAAUCAGGACGAAUGUGGAUUACAAGUUCACAACAAUUGCAGUAGACCAAGUAGAUGCUUCUGAUGGGCGUUAUGAGGUACUCUUCUUGGGGACAGAUCAGGGCACAGUGCAGAAGGUCAUCGUUCUACCUCGGGACGACCUGGAGACAGAAGAACUCAUCCUUGAGGAAGUGGAAGUUUUUAAGGUUCCAGCUGCAAUAAGAACAAUGAAGAUCUCUUCCAAGCGACAACAGCUAUAUGUAGCCUCUUCUGCUGGUGUCACCCACUUUGCUCUGCACCGAUGUGGUGUGUACGGUCAAGCCUGCGCAGACUGUUGUCUUGCACGAGACCCUUACUGUGCCUGGGAUGGCAAGUCCUGCUCCAGAUAUUCUGCAUCUUCUAAACGACGAAGCAGAAGACAAGAUGUCAGACAUGGAAAUCCAAUGAGACAGUGCAGAGGGUACAAUUCAAAUGCUGGUAAGAACAUGAUUGAAACAGUACAGUAUGGGGUGGAGGGCAGCAGCACAUUCCUGGAAUGCCAACCACGAUCACCUCAGGCUACAAUCAAGUGGUUUCUUCAAAAAGACCAGACAGAACGAAAAAAAGAGAUGAAGUCAGAUGAAAGAGUGCUGAAGACAGAGCAAGGCCUUCUGUUGCGAUCCAUACAGUCAGCUGACAGUGGAACCUAUCAUUGCACUGCCACAGAGAACAACUUCAAACACACUGUGCUCAAGGUCACACUGCACGUACUUAACCGAGAAAUGGUGAACACUGUUCUCUUCCGAUCAGAGGCACCUGCCAGUAUGCAAGUUGGCAGCCCAGGAACUUCACAGGCUGCUGGUACCCAGUAUCAGGACCUACUACAGAUUCUAAGUCAGCCUGAGAUGGGACUCAUUAAUCAGUACUGCCAGGACUACUGGCAACAUACAACAAGCAUGCAGCAAGAGACAUUAGCUCACCUUCAGGCAAAACAACCAAAUGAACAGAAGAAGGCUCGAAACCGUCGCAACCACCAGAUGGACAGCAGCCACCAAACAUGAGCCUUGGACUACUUAAAAACUUUUAUGCUUUUAAUAUAAAUAUAUAUAUAUAUAAAUAUAUAUAUAUAAACACACACAUUUCCCCUUAUAACAAGACAGUAUUUAUUGUAGGUUGUACAUAGUAUGAAAUGUGGAUUUGUUUUUACUUGAUGAAAUUUAUGGAAACAUGUAAGUGUGUGUGCGUGCAUGCACACACACACUCCAAUACAGAUAACAGAAUUCUGCAACAGAAUAGUUCACCUGAUACAUUGGUUCUUUUCAUGCUCACAUGAGUGCAGUACCCUAUUACUGUACCGUAUAAGAGCCAGUCCUUAAUUUUGUUGCAUCCUAUUGCUUGACUGCUUUAUUUUUGGGUGGGGGGGGUCUGAAUUUAUGUUUCAUGGGUAUGGGCAUAUAUAAUGAGAGUGGGAAAAGAAAAAAAACUAUUUUUAUUGCAGGUGUAAAUUUUGUGCCAUGUGGACACUAUUCAGAUCAGAUUAUUUAGGAGGGGGGUAAUUAUUAAUAGAAGCUGUAUCAUUCAAUGCUCUUUUUCAAUACAUAUCCCAUCCAUUGUUAAGGACCAAAAUUUAAAGCUAUUGUUUGCUAGUAAAAAAGUAAAAAAGACAUUUUGUCUCACCUGCCGCUACCUUUCAUGUCAUAUUAAAUGAUACAGAAAGCAAAGUAACUGGAAUACACAAAUUUUAUAUAUAUAUAUAUAUAUAUAUAUAUAUAUAUAUAUAUAUAUAUAUAUAUAUAUAUAUAUAUAUGUACAGAGCAAGUCUUCUACAUGGGCUGCUAUGCAUGUUUCUUCUGACCUCCUCUUGCAUUCUAAAUGGGGUAGCUGUUGCAGGUGUGGUCUGCAGGCUCUGUGGUUGGGGAAGGGUAAGAAAACAUUAUACUAAUAAGGCCUCUCAGCCUUGGAAAUGUGGCCUACUUUACCAUAAGUGGUAAACCCAGAAAUCACUAGAAGAAUUUAAUGACCUUGAUCUUAAAUUGUGACCUUUAUGAAAACAGCACCUUGACUUUUUUGGUGAGACUAAGUAUAGUGUAUAAUGGAAUAUAGACUUGUUUUUUUACAGGUCAUAAGAGACUUUUGACCACUUUCUGUUAAAUAAGCACAAUAUAAUGCCUUUUGUAAGAAAAAGUGGCAGGCAGCCAGUCAGAAUGACCUGAGGAGUGGCUACAACAGGACUAUAUGCUACACUGGCCUGCACAAUGUCAGAUACAGGCAAGGAACAGGACGAGCACUGACAGAUGCACCUUGCUUGCCUUGUUUUACUUUCUGGACAUCCCUUCAGUCUGCUUUUCCAUUUCCCGGUUUUAAAACUGGCUUGCAAAUAUAGCUUCCUGCUAAGCAGGCAAAGGCAAUCUGCUUCUGGUCAUUAAAAAUGUAUUGACUGCAGUAAUGGUCACCAAUGCCUGACUGAGAAACCUACAGUAACUGAAAAUACAGCAACCCUUCAGUGCUACAAAUCAUUUAAAAUAAAAUAACCUAUUGCAAGUAAAUAACUAGUGCAGCAUUACUUGAGAUGGAUUUCCAACAGUGAUGCUGUCUGAAACAAAAUCUGUGAACAUGCAACAGUAAGGAUUACAUUGAUAGCUUUCCGUGAAGUUCAGGCACAUAGACAACAAUAAAAAAGUAACCUGAUCAAAAGUGAAUGGGGACAGUAGGACAAAUAUAGAAUUGUUAUAUUCUUCCCAAUUGUGCCUGUUUUCUUAAUGGAUUCUGUUUAUGAAAAGGAUAUCUGCUGGAAAUUAACAGUGAAUUGAAGACAUAGUAGUCUAGAACUUGGUGUGUAAACUGCUGGCAUGUUGAAAUUAUUGGAUUUUUUUACAAUGGAUGUAGUUUUUAAAAGUGUAGGAAAUUCUCAAUGAGUGACUGCAGUUUUAUCACAAAAAAGAACCUCUGGAACAGAUUAGGAGUUUUAAUUCUUAUUUUGAUAAAAAUAGAUUUAUGUGUGAAAUUGUUUAAGCCUUAAAUUUCCACAUUAUGUUUUUCAGAUUGUACCUCUGACAGCUUAACUGUGAGCACCAUGUCAGACUCCAAAGAAAUGUGUUUCUCUGUAAGCUUGAGUUCCAAUAAGCCUAAUCUGAAGCAAUGGUUUCCUUUCUUUUUGGUCAGUUAGCAGUAUAUGAGGAUUUUCUAUCAAACAGUACUUGUGUGAUGUGCAGAACACUACCUCAUUUACCAGGCUGCUUACAUGGCUUUUCCUGUAGCUGUCAGCAACACAGCUUCAUCAGCAUACUGAUGUCUCUCAGCUGGCAGAAAAGAGUCACUCAUCUGCUGUCACAUGCUUGGUCACUUGUGAUGGCAUUUUAAGUACAGUUAGUAAGCUGGUGAGGUAUGAAGAGGUGCAAAGCUAGUUACCUCAGCAAGCCAGGUAAAGCACUGAUCAUUACAUCCCAUGUAAUACUGUUAGCUGGAACAUCUUCUAUUGAGCAGAUGGGAUAAUACAUCAAAAAUAAAACUAAAGCAGAUAACUGCUUUGAAAACUUA